UCUCUGUCUACUGGAGUGGAGGAGGAGGAGAGAGUCUGAGCGGCGGCGAGGUGAGGCCAUGGCCGCAGUGCAGCGCUGGCUCCCGAGCGUCCUCCGCCUAGCGGCCCCGGCCGCGGGUGGAGUCGCGCGGCGGCUCUACUCCCCCUCCUCCCUCCUCUUCGACGAAACCCAGGAGCAGUUCAAGGAGAGCGUGAGCAGGUUCGCGCAGGAGACCAUCGCCCCGCACGCCGCCGCCAUCGACGCCUCCAACGGCUUCCCCGAGGAGGUCAACCUCUGGAAGCUCAUGGGCGAAUUCAACCUCCACGGCCUCACCGCCCCACAGGAGUAUGGAGGAAUGGGGCUUGGCUACGUGUACCACUGCAUUGCCAUGGAGGAUAUCAGCAGGGCGUCUGGCUCGGUUGGAGCAUCUUAUGGCACUCAUUCCAACCUCUGCAUUAACCAACUGGUCCGGCACGGCAGCCCUGCCCAAAAGCACAAGUACUUACCAAAGCUAAUCAGUGGGGAGCAUGUUGGGGCAUUGUCGAUGAGCGAACCCACCUCUGGCUCCAAUGUUGUCAGUAUGAAAUGCAAGGCUGAGAAAGUUGAUGGUGGUUAUGUCAUUAAUGGGAAUAAGAUGUGGUGCACCAAUGGGCCAUCAGCUCAGACACUGAUUUUAUAUGCAAAAACAGAUAUAGCUGCAGGAUCAAAAGGAAUAACUGCUUUCAUAAUUGAGAAGGGGAUGCCUGGGUUCAGGACUGCGCAGAAGUUGGACAAGCUUGGUGUUUAUGGCAUGAUGUCGGGGCUUGAUUUAGAAAGACUUGUGUUAGCUGCAGGUCCUAUCGGUCUCAUGCAAGCAUGCCUUGAUGUUGUUCUUCCUUAUGUUCGCCAGAGAGAGCAAUUUGGCCAUCCAAUUGGUGAAUUUCAGUUCAUACAGGGGAAAAUAGCAGAUAUGUACACCUCCUUACAGUCAUCAAGGUCAUUUGUUUACUCAGUUGCGAGGGAUUGUGACAAUGGUAAAGUUGACCGCAAGCAUGUAGUUCUGCCAUUCAAGCGAGAACUGAAAAACUAUUCCGUGUAUCAUGGUGAUAAAUUCUCUUCAUCUUCAUCUGGUGUGAUUCUCUUUGCUGCUGAAAGGGCAACCCAAGUUGCACUUCAGGCAAUCCAGUGUCUUGGUGGCAAUGGAUACAUAAAUGAGUACCCAACUGGCCGUUUGCUGAGAGAUGCAAAAAUGUUUGAGAUUGGAGCUGGUACUAGUGAGAUAAGAAGAAUGCUAAUUGGCCGCGAGCUCUUCAAAGAGGACUGAGACUAUUCUUUUGGAAGUCAGGUACCAAUGUGUACUACUAAUUUGAGGAGGUGAGCUGGACAACUUGACGUGUAGUUCUAGUAUUUGUACAUCAGCAAGAGAUGGUAUCCAGAAUCUUUUGUUAGGGAGGGCACAUGGUUUAAGCUAGUAUGAGUAACGUAGUUGGAACUCCCUUUCAGAGGUUAAGUUAUUAAGUGAUGUGUUAGUGAUUGAAGUUCAUCUCAGGGGAGAGUAUGAGUGCAUGACUAAAUGUGCUUGAGUUGUUUAUUUUGAUGAACGAAAUAGUAUGUGCAACUUUGUUCAUGGGAAGGAAAUUAUCUGCAAUGACCAGGUUUCUUAUGGCCAU